AUGGAUUGCAAUCCAGUGAACACUCCUACUAAACCUGGUUUUGAGCUACAUAAAUAUCCUAUUGGGAAGAAGGAUGAUAGCACACUUUACAAACAAAUUUUGAGCAGUUUGAUGUAUCUCACUGCUACAAGGCCUGACAUAAUGUAUUCAGUGAGUUUAAUCAGUAGGUACAUGGAGAAUCCCAUAGAAAUGCAUUUAUCUGCAGCCAAGAGAACUCUUUGUUACUUACAAGGAAAGAGAGACUUUGGGCUAUUACAUAAGACGAGUGAAAAGUCCAAUAUUCUUGGCUAUACAAACAGUGACUAUGCUGGUGAUUAUGAUAAGAGAAAAAGCACUUCACGUUAUGCUUUUAUGUUUGGGUCCUGUGCUAUUUCAUGGUCAUCGAAGAAGCAACCAAUUGUUACUUUUUCUACCACGGAAGCUGAGUUUGUUCCUAUGACUGCAUGUGCCUGUCAAGCUAGUUGGUUGAGGAGACUUCAGGAGGAGCUGAAAUUCAAGAAACCAUAA